CGGCGGCGCUGCCCUGGGUGGGCGGCGGGGCCCGCGCGGCUGCUGAGCGCCCGGCGCGGCUGCCGAACCAGGUCUCCCUCCGGCGCGGCGCCGUGACAGGUGCAGAGUCCCGGCUGAGGACCCACCUGCGGCGGCCGCCGCGAUGCCCACCAUGCGGAGGACCGUGUCGGAGAUCCGCUCCCGCGCCGAGGGUUAUGAGAAGACCGAUGAUGUCUCCGAGAAGACUUCACUGGCUGACCAGGAGGAAAAACGGACUAUAUUCAUCAACCAGCCUCAGCUGACAAAAUUUUGCAAUAACCAUGUCAGCACUGCAAAAUACAACAUAAUCACAUUCCUUCCAAGAUUUCUCUACUCACAGUUCAGAAGAGCUGCGAAUUCAUUUUUUCUCUUUAUUGCACUGCUUCAGCAAAUACCUGAUGUGUCACCAACAGGUCGCUACACAACACUGGUUCCUCUCCUAUUUAUUUUAGCUGUGGCAGCUGUCAAAGAGAUAAUAGAAGAUAUUAAACGACAUAAAGCUGAUAAUGCAGUGAACAAGAAACAGACACAAGUGUUGAGAAAUGGUGCUUGGGAAAUUGUUCACUGGGAAAAGGUGACAGUAGGGGAAAUAGUGAAAGUGACCAAUGGGGAACAUCUCCCAGCAGAUCUCAUCAGCCUGUCCUCAAGUGAGCCCCAGGCCGUGUGCUACAUUGAAACAUCCAACUUAGAUGGUGAAACAAACCUGAAAAUUAGACAGGGCUUACCAGCAACAGCAGAUAUAAAAGACAUUGACAGUUUGAUGAGAAUUUCUGGCAGAAUCGAGUGUGAAAGUCCAAAUAGACAUCUCUACGAUUUUGUUGGCAACAUAAUACUUGACGGACAUGGCACUGUUCCCCUGGGAGCAGAUCAGAUUCUUCUUCGAGGAGCUCAGUUGAGAAAUACACAGUGGGUUCAUGGAAUAGUUGUCUACACUGGACAUGACACCAAACUGAUGCAGAAUUCAACAAGUCCACCACUUAAACUCUCAAAUGUGGAACGGAUUACAAACGUACAAAUUCUGAUUUUAUUUUGUAUCUUAAUUGCCAUGUCUCUUAUCUGUUCUGUGGGCUCAGCCAUUUGGAAUCGAAGGCAUUCUGGAAGAGACUGGUAUCUCAAUCUAAACUAUGGUGGUGCUAAUAAUUUUGGACUGAAUUUCUUGACCUUCAUCAUUCUUUUCAACAAUCUCAUUCCUAUCAGCUUGUUGGUUACAUUAGAAGUGGUGAAAUUUACUCAAGCAUACUUCAUAAAUUGGGAUCUCGACAUGCAUUAUGAACCCACAGACACUGCUGCUAUGGCUCGAACAUCUAAUCUGAAUGAGGAACUUGGCCAGGUAAAAUACAUAUUUUCUGACAAAACUGGUACUCUGACAUGCAAUGUAAUGCAGUUUAAGAAGUGCACCAUAGCUGGAGUUGCUUAUGGGCAGAGCUCACAGUUUGGAGAUGAAAAAUCAUUUAGUGAUUCAUCAUUGCUGGAAAACCUCCAAAAUAAUCAUCCAACUGCACCUAUAAUAUGUGAAUUUCUUACAAUGAUGGCAGUUUGUCACACAGCAGUACCAGAGCGAGAAGGCGAUAAGAUUAUUUAUCAAGCAUCAUCUCCAGAUGAGGGAGCACUGGUCAGAGCAGCCAAGCAACUGAAUUUUGUUUUCACUGGAAGAACACCUGACUCAGUGAUUAUAGAUUCACUGGGGCAAGAAGAAAGGUAUGAAUUGCUCAAUGUCCUGGAGUUCACCAGCGAUAGAAAAAGAAUGUCGGUGAUUGUUCGCACUCCAUCCGGGAAGUUACGACUUUACUGCAAAGGAGCUGACACUGUAAUUUAUGAUCGACUGGCGGAGACUUCAAAAUACAAAGAAAUUACCCUAAAACAUUUAGAGCAGUUUGCUACAGAAGGGUUAAGAACUUUAUGUUUUGCCGUGGCUGAGAUUUCAGAGAGUGACUUUCAGGAGUGGCGAGCAGUCUAUCAGCGUGCAUCGACAUCUGUGCAGAACAGGCUGCUGAAACUCGAAGAGAGUUAUGAGUUAAUUGAAAAGAAUCUUCAGCUACUUGGAGCUACAGCCAUUGAAGAUAAAUUACAAGAUCAAGUGCCUGAAACCAUAGAAACUCUGAUGAAAGCAGACAUUAAAAUCUGGAUCCUUACAGGGGACAAGCAAGAAACUGCCAUUAACAUUGGACACUCCUGCAAACUUUUGAGGAAGAACAUGGGAAUGAUUGUUAUAAAUGAAGACUCUCUUGAUGGAACGAGGGAAACUCUCAGUCGUCACUGCACGACCCUCGGUGAUACUCUUGGGAAAGAGAGUAAUUGUGCUCUUAUAAUUGAUGGGAAGACCCUCAAAUAUGCCUUAACUUUCGGAGUACGACAGUAUUUCCUGGACUUAGCUUUGUCAUGCAAAGCUGUUAUUUGCUGCAGGGUUACUCCUCUUCAAAAAUCUGAAGUCGUGGAGAUGGUGAAGAAGCAAGUCCAAGUCAUAACUCUUGCAAUUGGCGAUGGAGCAAAUGACGUCAGCAUGAUACAGACGGCGCAUGUUGGUGUUGGUAUAAGUGGCAAUGAAGGCCUUCAGGCGGCUAAUUCUUCUGAUUACUCCAUAGCUCAGUUCAAGUAUUUGAAGAAUUUAUUGAUGGUUCAUGGUGCCUGGAACUAUAACAGAGUCUCCAAAUGCAUUUUGUACUGCUUCUACAAGAAUAUAGUCCUCUAUAUUAUCGAGAUCUGGUUUGCCUUUGUUAAUGGCUUUUCUGGACAGAUCCUCUUUGAGAGAUGGUGUAUAGGUCUUUAUAAUGUGAUGUUUACAGCAAUGCCUCCCUUAACUCUUGGAAUAUUUGAGAGAUCAUGCAGAAAAGAGAAUAUGUUGAAGUAUCCUGAAUUAUACAAAACAUCUCAGAAUGCCCUGGACUUCAACACCAAGGUUUUCUGGGUUCAUUGUUUAAAUGGCCUCUUCCACUCAGUUAUUCUGUUUUGGUUUCCACUAAAAGCCCUUCAGUAUGGUAAUGUAUUUGGAAAUGGGAAAACCUCCGAUUAUUUGCUGCUGGGAAACUUUGUUUACACUUUUGUGGUGAUAACUGUCUGUUUGAAAGCGGGAUUGGAGACAUCGUAUUGGACAUGGUUCAGCCACGUAGCAAUUUGGGGCAGCAUUGCGCUCUGGGUGGUGUUUUUCGGAAUCUACUCGUGUCUGUGGCCUAGUGUUCCGAUGGCCCCUGAUAUGUCAGGAGAGGCAGCCAUGUUGUUUAGUUCCGGAGUCUUUUGGAUGGGCCUGUUAUUUAUCCCUGUGACAUCUUUGCUUCUUGAUGUGGCGUACAAGGUUAUCAAGAGGACGGCUUUUAAAACAUUAGUAGAUGAAGUUCAGGAACUGGAGGCAAAAUCUCAAGACCCAGGGGCAGUUGUGCUUGGAAAAAGCCUCACAGAGAGGGCGCAACUGCUCAAGAACGUCUUUAAGAAGAACCACGUGAAUGUGUACCAGUCUGAAUCAUUGCAACAUAACCUCCACGGGUAUGCUUUCUCUCAAGAUGAAAAUGGAAUCGUCUCACAGUCUGAAGUGGUUAGAGCAUAUGACACCACAAAGCAGAGACCCGAUGAAUGGUGAUGGGGAGGAGCUGCGAGGCAGGCUCUGCUGUGUCUCUAAGGAGAGCUCCCAGGUCUGCACCGGAAUCUGCUGACCAACUCCAGUCUAGUCCAAGGAGGGGAAAGGUGGAUCUGAGCUCGUCUCGUUGAUUGACAUUCAGAUUCAUGUGUAUUAUAGACAGAAGCACUGUGCAACUAUACUGUAACACCAUCUCUUUCAGAUUUUUUAAAGUAUUUGCUAAGUCUUUGUAAACAAGAAUUGAAAAUGAUCUUGUAUCUUGCCAGAGCACUUUCUUAAACUGAGAAUAGGUCAGUAUUGUGCUGUUACUCUGGGGCUGUACCUGACUAUCAAUUUAUUGGACAUACCACAAGGCGACCCACCAUUUAAAAGACUCUAAAAUGGUAAUAAGUUAAAGAGACUCUUGAUAUCCAGACUUAGAUUUCAGAAUAUGCUGAAAAAAACCAGCAUUCUUAAGGAACUGACUCACCUUACUGAGCAAAUUUCUAAACAAGACAUAAGUGUUUGUGUCAAAAACUGUCUCGAUAAAUGUUUGCCAAAGAAGUUCAAUAAAUGUAUUUCUCAUUCAGUAGUCAUUUGCCUAGAAAUUUAAGAGAAGGUUUACUUCUAGUUCUGCUGUAAGAUCUGCAUGCUUGACUUUUCAAAUGUAAGAGUGAUUUACAAAAAUGAGUAUUUCAAGGCAUUUGCUACUAAAAUCUCUCAUGUUGCACCUUUGGCCUUACAAAUGCUUAUUUCUGGUUUGUCUUGUUUAUUUGUUGAAGUUAUAAGGCACAUGUGAUAAUGUGACUCUGUCGCUACAAUACUGAUUUUUAAACCUGUAUUUAUGUCUCAGUCACUUCUGAUGAGGUUUCAUCAUCGUUUAGAUUCUUCUAAAAAGCUGGCUGCUGCUGUAGACUGAGUAAUGUCAUUUUGUCUUAAAGUUUUCUCUCUCAAAAGUAUGCUUACGUAUUUAUGUGAGAUUUCCAGUGCUUCUGUCAAGAUGUUUGGAAUACCAUGCCGGAUAAACGCAUGGGCUUUUGUAACAUACGUAGUCUCGGCUUUUGUCCUGUGUAUUGGGUCUCCCUAUUAAUUGCCACUGGAGCUGCCUGCUGUCUUCUAUAGCAAUCUGAUGUUCUGGUGACUGCCCCUGUACUUAAGACUGAGAAUUACUUUACAGUUCACUUGUCAAGCAGCUCCCAAAAUUAGUCACACGCUGCUAAUUGGGACAAAGAAGUAGUACAUUUUCCCCGUUUUAAAAACACCUAUUUUACUCAAGCCUGUAAUUUGACAGCGAAAGAACACUUUUCAUCAUAAGUUGCUUUCAUUAAUAUAUUUUAAAAUGUAUGUUCAGUUUACUUAUUUUCAGCGUUUCCAAGACAUCUCCUGAAAAUGCCUAUUUUGCUACCAAGAUAUAUGAAGGGGCUGUUUAAAAACCACAACCAGUUUUCUACACUAUUUUUAAAAUAAUACUGUCAUUUAGAAAAAAUAAAAGGAAUUCUAGUUUUCAGAUACACUUCAGAGAUUGAAGCAAACUUUUUGCCUUUUAUUCAAAAGCCUGUUUGCCUUUAAGUGGACUUACCAGCAAAAUAGGUAGAACUUCCUCUUAAAAUGAAAAAGUCGACUAGAAUUGAGAAGAGAGGUGAUUUUCCAAAUCACUCCUUGAGUUUAAUAAUUUCACAUUCUCUUCACCCUUUUUCCCAAUCUAGAUCUAAAAUUGGGCUAUUUAUCAUUUCCUUCUCGGCAUUUGUAGCUAUUUAGUUACAGGUAUGCCUCCCAUGUUUUCUACAAAUAAGAGAAGUUAUAACACAUACAUAAUUCUAAGCUAAAGGGGGCAAGGAGUUGACAUACUUCACUUCCCAGAGCCUUCCCAUUUGGGACUCAGAUCAAGAGAAUCAUGAAUCAAAACCUCCAGCAAGAUCACAGGUGUAAGAGGCUAAGAUCAUCUUCAGAAUUGUGAAGUCACAGACUUUAACUGUCUACCGAAUGGAUAUUCAGAGCGGCUUUUCUGCGCCUCCUAAUGGUGAUAGUUGAGGUCAAACCACAAGAAUCAAAAAGCAAUGAAGUACAUCCCUCCAGAGAAACCCUUUAUAGCAGUUACAGAGAAGAGCUGCUUCCAUUUGCCCUCCCCUCAUCAGUGGCAUCCUUCUCCAAAAUUUUAAUAUCAAAAUGUGAUGAAUAUAACAGAAUUGAAUUUUCUGACUUAAGAAAACUAAAAGUUUUAUUUUUAUCUUGAAACAUGGAUUGUUUCUGUGGAGCUCUUCAACAUGAGUAGAAUACUCAUGGUUAAUAAGUUAACAUACAAGAUCAUGAUCUGAAAUGUGAUUCAUUAUGCCCUUUUGUCCCAUGGUCCUAUUUUUGAAUUAUCAAUACGAAGUCCAUGUCUUUGCCUCUUGGUUGGGAGUAGAGAGUGGACAGCAGGGAGUGGCCUCCUUGGUAAAACUUAAAAUAUAACAUUGCAAUUGCAGUGACUUUAUAGUGUUAAGUUAGAGAAAACCCUCUGAUUUUUUAACCUUCUUAAGGGGGGAAAAAGUAACACAGUUUUACCAGGAUUAAAAUAAAUAGUUGAAGUGACUUUUAACGUAUAUUUUCUGAAAUAAAGGACAGGUACUCUUCAAUUAAAAAGUCCCUUGUAGGGACUCGGGCAGAUGCUAACACCAUUGCUUUACAAUGUUUACAAUUCAGAAAAUACCACUUACAGCAGAAAAUCCUCGUUCAUUUCCCAUUGAAAAGCUGGGAGUUGCUUCUUUAAUGUUGAAUAGUACACAGUGAUAUUAAGCAUGAACUUUCUAAAUGUUUUAUAUAUACAAAUAAAAAUAUAUUGGUGUCUCACACCCAGAAAGAUGCUAUAUGAUAGAAAUUAUUAGCAGGAAGAUGGUGUUUCUCAGGAAUGUAGUAAAUUUAAAAUGAUGUGUGUUGCCCACCCUUCCACACCCCACUCUGUCUGAUGUGAGCCUGCUUCAGCAAUGUUGCAGAGUUAAUGGAAAACUUUUUCCAAUCAAGUCAGGUGAGCAUGUAUUCUGCUCAAUAAUAUUAGCCAUUUACAUGAAUUGUAUGGUCAUUAAAUGGAAUCAGUGAUUCCUCUUAAUUUCCAGGGGAAAAAGUGAAUUCAAAAAAUCAACAUGUAUUCUGAUCAUUACAUUUUACAUUUUAAUUUUGCAGUUCAGCAUUCUAAAUAUCCAAUAUGAAAGUCAUAUGUUAAUUUGUUCUGCAUUGUGUGCACUGUACAUCACUUAUAAUUUGUCAUUUAAAAUAUGCUUUCAGGAAGUGAAUGCUAGUCUGAAAGUAAUAGAGUGUAUAUACAUAGUUUUUAAAUUAUAACAAUGUCAUCAUUAUUACAAAGCUAAAUUAUCACUAGCGUUUAUUUUUGUGCAGCUGCCAUUGGAUAGUUCCUGAUUUUAGAACUUAUUAAAUAAAUCUAUAAUCUUAUAAUCAUGUACAAAAUUUGUCAAGAAAAUGCCCACCCCAUUCACAUCGUAUGGACCAGGCCUAUGGAAUUCUUUUUGUAAAUUACUUAAUGUAACACCAUGCAGUCUGGUGCCUAAUAAAUGCUUUUUAAUGGUGAACAUUUCCAUAAUGUCUCUUAAAGAGACCACAGUCUGAUUUUUCUCACAUUAAAAUAAGUCACUUGCAAAACUUAUACUUUGCUGCAUUUUAAUUAACCUUCAACAGCUAUUACAAUGGAAUGUAAGUUAAAUUUUGAAGAAAAGGAAAUAAAUGUUUUCCAUUUUUCGUCUUGAUUUAUUUUCUGUGUGAGAGCAGCUGUGUUUUUGAUAGGUUUAUGGUUUGCAUGAAUUAAUAUUUAAAGUGGUCUAGGCCAAUGCAUGGCUAUUGCUGUAAAUCUUGAUGUUUAUUUCUGUCUUAUAACAUUCUAUCAUGGCCUACCUGGAAUUUAAUAUUCAGUGGACAAAUUAGUUGGUCUUCUGCACAACUUUUUUAAAUAAGUACAUUAUUUUACAAAGAAAUUUGAACAAAUUUAAUUGAAACUUUUGUUUAACUUGCCUCUAAGAACUUUUCUUAAUAAAGCUCACAAAACUUCUCAGCAAAUAAAUCUCUUGUAAGUAGGAAAAAGCUAGAUUUCAUACUUGCUUACUUUGAAUUAACAGCAACUUUCCAUAGGUAGAUCUGCUCUUGCAAAGAUGUGAGCAGAAUAUUAAAAAAAUAAAAUUUUUAUGUUUCAUAGUUGUAGAAUAGAAGCCAUAGAUGCAGUAAAUACUGUUUGUUGUCUGUUUUACUACUUCAAGCUUCAUUUUUCACAUUUUCAAGUUUAUUAGGUUAAAAAUAAAAAAGGCAGCCUUGGAAGGCAGCUACUAUGGAAAAUUGCAAUUUGCAUUAAAGACAAAAUAGUAUUUUCAGCUCCAUAAGAAACCAUUCCUGCUGAAACUGCUGUAGAAAUUGUGAAGCUGCAUGAGUGGAGAAUGUUGAAUCUGUGAUUGUAGUAGUUUACUCAGGUUUGUUGAUCUCAAUGUUCAAUGCACUGUGUUUUAUAAAUAAUUAUUGAAGUUGAGUGAUAUUCAAUUCUAUGCAGUGUUACCUGUCAUUGACCUUUUGUGAAUGUGCAUGUUUUAAACUGCAAAUUUUAAACAUUUUGUCCUCUAAUUGUUAUUAAAAAUGAAAUAAACUUUACCAUUACAUAAAGAAAA